AUGGCCACUGCCCAGCCAUCCAAGCCGUCCGUGGCAUCUGUGUCACGACAUGCUAUUGCUGAUCUGGGCCUCAUCAUAGCCUUGAUCUUCGGCGGCUGCUGUAGCAAUGCGCUGGCUCUGGAGCUCACGACCAAGCAGUUGCCGUCAUCAGGUGCCCUGAUUACACUGGCUCAGUUUGUCAUCACCACGCUCACUGCGCUUGUGGGCGAGGUGGAAUGGCGCACCUGGUAUGGAUGGCCUGUCCUAUGGCUCAAGACACCAGGUGUCCCCCUACGUCGAUGGAUGGUGCAAGUGAUAUUGUACUAUAUCACCAGCAUAUUAAACAACUCUGCUUUUGCCUACAGUAUUCCCAUGUCGGUGCACAUUGUCUUCCGAAGUGGCGGUAUGCUUGUCAAUAUGGUACUUGGAUACACUGUCGAUGGAAAGCGGUACAAUGCACUGCAAUUGGCAAGCGUACUUCUAGUCACAAUUGGUGUCAUUGGCGCGACAUUGUCGGCGGCGUUGCCUGAUGCUGCCUCAGACGGCCCUUCCUCGAUGCAUGAUUAUCUGUUCGGCGUUAUGCUGCUUAGCUUUGCGCUUAUUACGUCAGGCGUCAUGGGUAUUUUCCAGGAACACACGUACGCCAAAUAUGGACGUCAUCAUUGGCAUGAAGCGCUGUUUUAUUCGCAUCUGUUCUCGCUUCCUCUUUUCUUAUUCCAAUCGCGCAGUCUUUCCCAGCAAAUUCGCGAUGCCAAUGCUACGCCCUCCAAGUGGGUGGGAAUGUGUACCUCGUGCAAGUUUCUGGGCACGUAUGUCCCAUCGUACUACAUCAACUUGGCAUUAAAUGUGCUCACGCAGCUUAUCUGCAUUAACGGCGUGAACCGCUUGACAUCCCGUGUAUCAAGUCUAAGUGUGUCGCUCAUUCUUGUGGUGCGCAAAGCUGUAAGUCUUCUUAUCAGUGUUGUGCUCCUUAAUCGGCAAUCUGGCUCUCUUGGACUUUGGUCAGGCGCCUUUGCGGUGAUGGCUGGCACCGUUGGGUACGCCUACGGCGGCAUGAAGCGCCCAUCCCCUCAGCCAAAGAAAAAGUCUGCAUAG